GAGGCUUCAGCCAAAUGGUUUCUGUACAGUGUUACGAAGUAAUGUCGGAUAUUAUUUUUAGUCACAAUUGAAAAUCCAAGAGCAUCAUUGAAAAAGAACAUUUCGCUCGAGAACUUUGUGAUUGAAAAUGAAGGUUAAAGUAUUGUCAAGAAAUCCUAGUGAUUAUGUUCGUGAACGUACAUCUGAUAUCAACAAAGUACCACGGAAUUUAGACCCUUCACUUCACCCUUUUGAAGCACCGAGGGAGUACACUCUAGCCAGUAAUGCUGCGAAACUUGAGCGUGUUUUUGCAAAGCCAUUUGUUGGAUCACUUGAAGGACAUACAGAUGGCGUGAACUGUUUAUCCAGAAACCCAAGGUCAUUAUCACUCCUCGUGUCCGGCUCCUGUGAUGGAGUAAUAAAAAUGUGGAAUCUGCCAAGACGAGAAGAAUUGGUGUCGAUAAACGCGCACUCCGGAUUCGUUCGUGGGCUCUGUUUUAAUCCUAAAGGGGACAGCUUUUUCUCAAUUGGGGAUGACAAAAUAAUCAAGCAGUGGAACAAUACGGAUUUUGGCUCAAUCAGUGAACCCCAGAAUACCAUUAUCCAUAAAACUUUACUCACAGGUAUUGAUCAUCACUGGGUAGAGGAUAAGUUUGCAACUUGUGGUGAGCAAGUUGAAAUAUGGGAUGAGAGUAAAGCUGUCCCAAUUAGAAACUUUUCAUGGGGCUUAGAUACAAUUACUUCUUUAAAGUUUAAUUGUGUUGAGACACACAUUCUUGGUGCAACUUCAUCAGAUAGAGGAGUUUUCUUAUGUGAUAUCAGAGGUGGAUCUCCUUUGAGAAAGGUAGUGAUGAAAAUGAAAAGUAAUGCAAUAGCAUGGAACCCUAUGGAGGCAUAUAUAUUCAGUAUUGCAAAUGAAGAUUCAAAUGUUUAUACGUUUGACAUGAGGCGUUUAAACAUGCCUGUUAAUGUUCAUAUGGACCAUGUAGCUGCAGUUUUAGAUGUUGAUUAUGCACCAACUGGUCAGGAAAUGGUGACAGGAAGUUUUGAUAAAACAAUAAGAAUUUUUCCCAGAGAUCAAGGACACAGUAGAGAGGUUUAUCAUACAAAAAGAAUGCAGAGAGUUUUCUGUGUCAAAUUUAGUUCAGAUUCUAAAUUUGUCUUGUCUGGUAGUGAUGAAACUAAUAUUCGUAUCUGGAAAGCCAAUGCAUCUGAACAGCUAGGGCCUUUGGCUCCUAGACAAAGAGCAGCCAUAUCAUAUAAUGAUAAGCUGAAAGAAAAAUUUCAACAUCAUCCAAAGAUAAAGAGGAUUUUGAGGCACAGACAUGUUCCUGCUAUGGUGUACAAAGCAUCUAAACAGAAAAGAGAAGAAAUCAAGUCUGCUAGAAGGAAACAAAGAAAUGUUGAAUUGCACAGUAAACCUGGAACAUUUAAACAUGUCCCAGAAAGGAAAAAGAAUGUUGUUAGUAUACAAAAGUAAUUUUGGCUUUCUUAUAGUUUCUUUAGCAUGAUGCGCCCUCUGCUUGUUUUGAAAUAGAUCUAUCACUGUCAAGACCAAUUACUGGGUUUAUUCAGUCAAUACAAUAAAUUCCUAAUAACUUUAACACCUGGUGAAUCCAGCAUUUACCAAAUCCAAAGUUUUGUGCAUUACCCUUGAAUCUUGAUCAAUAUUUUCAUACAAAAAUACCCCUAAUAAAUUGAGGCUCCUAAAAUUAUCUUUUGGAUACAUUUUUCUUAAAUCGAUAACCAUUUUUGUUAGACCCUUUGUUAGUCCCAAUUUGCUGGGGCUUACUGUAUUCAAAAUUCUUGAAUAAAUGAAAAUUUGUUUCAUGUUUUGCUGAUUUUUAUUUAUUGUUAUUUUACUUUAUCAUCACUGUCUUGAAACUUCAUACAUAUCUGCUCAUAACAGACUUGUAUUGGGUGCAGCGCUGGAUUUCUUUUAUCUUAAAAUAUGAACCUUUGAUCUUAACUUGUAUCCUAGCUUAUUUUCAAGUACCACUUGUAAGCGAA